UUCAGGUGGUGUAUGAUGGUAUGAUGGCGCGGUGUGGUGUGUGGCUUUAAGAGCUCCUCCUCCAUUUCAUCCUCCUCCUCCUCCUCCUCCGCCGCUGUCCUCCUCCGUGUAGGUGCUGAAACGCUUCCACCGACUCAAUCCCCAAGCAGCCAUGGCCGAAAUAAAGACGGGCAUUUUCGCCAAAAACGUCCAGAAGAAGCUCAAUCGUGCUCAGGAAAAGGUGCUGCAGAAGUUGGGGAAGGCUGAUGAGACAAAAGAUGAGCAGUUUGAACAGUGUGUUCAGAACUUCAAGAGACAGGAAUCUGAGGGUUCAAGGCUACAGAGGGAGAUGAGGGCUUAUAUAGCAGCUGUGAAAGGAAUGCAGCAGGCCUCCAUGAAUCUGACCGAAUCUCUUCACGAAGUCUAUGAGCCUGACUGGCACGGCAAGGACGAUGUGAUAUCUAUUGCAAAGAGUUGUGAUGUAUUAUGGGAAGACUUCCAUCAAAAACUGGUGGACUCCACAAUUUUAGCUCUGGAUGCAUAUUUGAUCCAGUUCCCUGAUAUCAAGAUUCGUGUCGCGAAACGGAGCAGAAAAUUAAUUGACUACGACAGUGCGAGGCACCAUCUUGAGACCCUGCAGACUUCUGCCAUUAAGAACGAAAAAAAGAUUUCAAAGGCAGAAGAGGACUUAAAAAAAGCACAGAAGGUGUUUGAUGAUCUGAAUGUGGAUCUGCAGGAUGAGCUGCCCAGUCUGUGGGACAGUCGAGUGGGCUUUUAUGUGAAAACCUUCAAGAGUGUCAGCAGCCUGGAAGCCAAAUUUCACAGGGAAAUAUCAGUGUUCUGUCACAAGCUGUAUGAGGUGAUGAACAAGCUUGCAGAGCAACACCCAGACAAAAUGUUCACCAUUCAAGGAGCACCCAGUGACUCGGGCCCACUGCGCUUGGCCAGGACCCCAACACCUCCUGAGGAUGAGAGUCCAGAGGUCAGCCCUGCUGCCAGCCCCAACCACACACUGAGACCUACUUCACCUGGCCCUCCACGGCCCAAAUCUCCCUCACAGCUCAAGAUGGGACCGCCAAAGCCGCCUCCUCCCAAAGUCACUCCAACCAAGGAAAUUCCACAAGAGCAAAUCAUCAACCUAUUUGAUGGAGGCUUUCCUGAGAUCAGUGUCACCUCACCACAGCCAAAUGAGAAUCCCACAGAAUCUCUCUUGGACUUGGACUUUGACCCAUUCAAACCAGACAGCAAUACAACUACCGGUCAAACUGCAGCUCAGGCACUGUCAUGGGACCUUUGGACGACAAAUACUGAGGCCCAGCCUGCUUCAGAUUCUGGCUUCAAUGACAACUGGACGGCUGACUUUGGUUCUGCAGCUCAGGUUGUGGGGGAUGCUCAGCCUGCAACAGAUGGGCAAGGAUGGCCUCCUGCAGAAGGAUGGCCCACAGAUACAGUGCCCCAAGGAGAAGCCACAGGCGAGGUGGAUUCCUCAGUUCCAACUUUUGCAGCUGACUUUGAUCAAAUGUCUGAGGCCCCAGAAGGGGCAGAAACUGGUACAGAGGCAGCCCAAGAGGAAGUGGAAGAAGGGGAAGGGGAGGUGUCCCCAACCCAGGCCCCAGAGUCUGAGGGCAGUGUAACGACUCCUCCUGCAGAAACUACUGCUGAACCACCAGAGACCACUGCUGCUAGUAGCCCUCCUGCUGAGACUGCUUCUAGCAUAGUGGAGUCUCCUGAAGGUGCUGAAACUAUGGCAGCAGAGCAGACUGAGACCACCCCAGCUGAUGACACUGAGAAAGAGCAACUCAUCCCAGAGGCUCUGGAAUCUGCUCCAGUAGCAGAACCAGCAGAGGAGCCACCUACAGAGGCUCUGGCCCCUGCAGAAGAUAAAGAGUCUCCUAUUGAAGAGACUCCGACCAUAGAGACCAAACCAGAAGACGAAACUGGUUCAGUAGACACCAAACCAGAAGAUGAUACUGCUACCGUAGAGGUCGAACCAGAAGAAGAUUCUGGUACCGUAGAGAUCGAACCAGAAGGGGAAACUGGUACCAUAGCGGUCAAACCAGAAGGAGAAACUGGUACCGUAGAGGUCGAACCAGAAGGAGAAACUGGUACCGUAGAGGUCGAACCAGAAGGAGAAACUGGUACAGUAGAGGUCAUACCAGGGGAUGAAACCAGUAAUGAAGGGGCUACAAAGAAUUUUGAAGAGGAGGACAAGAUGCCUAUUCCCUCUGUCGUCAUUGAGCCUGCUUCCAGCAAUGAGGGCGAUGAUGACCGGGAUGGUGACAUUGUAUCUCCAGUAGCAACCAGUGGAGAUGGAGUGACACCAGACAGCCAGACAGCCAAAGAUAUUUCCUCCUCUGGCAUGCCUCCAGGCUUCCUGUAUAAGGUUGAAACAAUGCAUGACUUUGAAGCUGCAAACUCAGAUGAGCUUGAUCUGAAGAGGGGAGAUAUUGUUCUUGUUGUUCCUACAGAGCUGGUGGAAGAUCAGGAUGCUGGCUGGCUCACUGGCAUCAGGGAGAGUGACUGGCUACAUCAGGGAGCCUCUGCUCAGAAAGGCUUAUUUCCAGAGAAUUUCAUACAGCGAUUGGGCUAAAGCGUCAGAGCAUACUGGGACACGACAUA